AUCUCAAAUACAAUAUGAAAAAGAAAAUGAAAAAUAAAAAUAAAAAGAAAGCCGUUAAGAUUUCCGCCAUUCUUCUGAGCCAUCGUCCCAUCGCCCAUUCAGUUUAGAUUUCUAUCUCUUCUCAAAAUCCCCCAUUUACUGAAAAACCUUCACUGAAAUUCAUUCAUCAAGAACCCUAGAUUUCUCUUUCUGGGAUAAGAGAAAAUCCAGGGAAAAUCCACCAUGAAUAAUUUCAUCCCACAAGCUGCAACUUCUUCUUCUACUACGGGUACUUCUCCGGCAACAAUCGCUGGUGGAUCACCUUCAAGUGCUUUUUCUUUCAUCUCCAAAGGUUGGAGAGAAGUUAAAGAUUCAGCAGAUGCUGAUCUUCGAUUGAUGAAAGAUAGGGCUAAUUCUUUCAAGAAUUUAGCGUCUUCCUUUGAUAGGGAGCUUGAGAAUUUCAUCAAUUCUGCUUCUCCCUUUUCAGUUCCAGCGAUUAAAUCAAAUUCUACUGUUGAAAUUGAUUUUGUGAAGAAGUUACAGCCCAAAUUGUCAGAGUUUCGAAGGGCGUAUUCAUCGCCGGAUUUCAGUCGGAAGGUUUUAGAGAAAUGGGGACGACCGACGAGGCCGAGUAUUCGAAUUGAUUUAUCGGCGAUUAAGAAUGCUAUUGUUGAGGAGGUGGAGAUUGAGGGAGGUGAGAAAGUGAGGAUUGACAAUGGUGGAAGAGGACGGGUUAGGUUUAGGGAUUUCAAAUGGGAUCGUAAAGGUGAAACAGAACAAGGGUAUGAAACUUUCAAGGAUUGGGAACCAAUUAGGGUUUUGAAGACUAAAUUGAAAGAUCUUGAGGUCAAGAAAUCGCCUGAAGAAAUUUUUGGUGCAUGGAAGAAUAGUGAGCUUUUGGAGAAAUUGAAGUCUAGCUUGAAAGCAUUUCAGCAGGAUUCCCAGGAUACCAAGGAUGUACCACCACUGGAUGUACCUGAACUCUUGGCACAUUUCUUUAGACAGUCUGAACCCUUUUUGGAUCAACUUGGUGUUAGGAAAGAUAUAUGUAACAAGAUAGUGGAAAGUUUGUGUAGUAAACGCAGGAACCAGCUUCUCAUGCACUCGAUCUCAGGUGGAGAAUCUGCUGUGAUUGAGGGGGAUAAUAUCAACGAUGAACUCGAUUUAAGGAUAGCCAGUGUUCUUCAAAGUACUGGGCAUCAUUAUGAUGGUGGCUUUUGGUCAGACCUAGCAAAGCAUAACCUAUCUGACAAGAAACAACAUGUUGCCAUUGUCACCACUGCUAGCCUUCCUUGGAUGACGGGAACAGCAGUGAACCCUUUAUUUCGUGCAGCAUAUCUAGCAAAAUCUGCAAAGCAGAAGGUUACUCUAUUGGUUCCAUGGCUUUGCAAGUCUGACCAAGAACUAGUUUACCCGAACAAACUAACAUUCAAUUCGCCACAAGAACAAGAGCUUUAUAUACGAAACUGGCUAGAGGAAAGAGUUGGUUUCAAAUCUGAUUUCAAAAUAUCGUUUUACCCUGGAAAGUUUUCGAAAUCAAGGCGGAGUAUAAUUCCAACAGGCGAUACUUCUCAGUUUAUAUCUUCAAAGGAAGCUGACAUUGCUAUCCUUGAAGAACCCGAACAUUUGAACUGGUAUCAUCAUGGUAAACGAUGGACUGAUAAAUUCAAUCAUGUUGUCGGUGUUGUACACACCAACUAUCUGGAGUAUAUAAAAAGAGAGAAGAAUGGGGCUAUGCAAGCUUUCCUUGUGAAGCAUAUAAAUAACCUUGUCGCUAGAGCGCAUUGUCACAAGGUUCUAAGGCUUUCAGCGGCCACUCAAGACCUUCCCAAGUCUAUUGUAUGUAAUGUCCAUGGUGUCAAUCCGAAAUUCCUAGAAAUCGGAGAGAAGUUGGCUUCUGAGAGGGCUUCUGGUGAACAAGCCUUUUCUAAGGGAGCAUAUUUCUUGGGUAAGAUGGUUUGGGCGAAGGGAUACCGUGAACUAAUAGAUUUGUUGGCAAAGCACAAGAAUGAGCUUGAUAUCCUUAAGUUGGAUGUAUUUGGUAAUGGAGAGGAUGCUCACGAGGUCCAGAGUGCUGCGAAAAAAUUGAAUCUUAACCUCAACUUUCAAAAGGGAAGAGAUCAUGCUGAUGAUUCUCUCCAUGGAUACAAGGUUUUCAUAAACCCUAGUGUGAGUGAUGUGCUUUGCACCGCCACUGCCGAAGCACUUGCGAUGGGGAAAUUUGUAGUGUGUGCUGACCACCCGUCUAACGAGUUUUUUAGGUCAUUUCCUAACUGUUUGACGUACAAGACAUCUGAAGACUUUGUUGCCAAGGUGAAGGAAGCAUUAGAGAAGGAGCCGGAACCACUCACCCCUGAGCAAAGAUACCGGCUUUCCUGGGAAGCAGCCACCGAAAGGUUUAUGGAAUAUUCCGAUCUUGAAAAAGUGCUCAAUACGGAUCAAAGCAGUCUCAAAUCCAACAAAAACACUGUCACAAAAUCAGUUUCGUUGCCCAAUUUGUCCGAUAUGGUUGAUGGAGGAUUAGCAUUCAUUCACUAUUGUUUUACAGGGAGCGAGCUCUUAAGGCUUGCAACAGGAGCAAUACCAGGGUCUCGGAAUUACAGCAAGGAGCACAGCAAGGACCUGAAUCUAUUGCCUCCACAGGUCGAGGACCCGAUCUAUGGUUGGUAAAUAAGUCAGCCGGGGAGAAGUUCGAAUACGCUGUGCAUACUGUGUAUAGUAGUUUAUCGUAUUAGUUCGCAGAGUUCGUCCAUGGCUUGUGGUGGGUAUUGUGUUGUUUGUGCAUGUUGCCAUCCAUGAAUAAUCUGGCUUGGUUUGGUGUCAAGUAUAGGAAAUUCUGAUAUUAGUAUAUAUACAGUAUACUGCCUACUACAUGUAUUUUUGACAGUACCUGCGAAAUUUUUGGCUGUAAAGAUAUGCUGAUAGUUGAUAACCUCUUUUGUUUGCUUGUCAA